AUGUGCCUGCACGACAGUCUCACAUUCCCCACUCAACCACGCAUUCCAGGAUUCGGCGUGCAACCACACCUCACAAUUCACAAUCCCGUCGCCACGAUGGAGGAAGGGGCUGGAUUCAACGGUGCGGGAGCACAAGAUAAUGGUGGCGGAGAGGAAGUCCUCCUGCUUACGCAAGAUGAUGUUGUUGAUUUUGUGGAAGAGACGCAGAACGAAAUGCGUCCGAUCAGAGAUGGAGCAUUCGCAGAUUGGGAUACAAUGGAUGGCGACGCAGGCCUUCGAAUGCCUCACGAGGUUCAGAUUGUUUGUGAGAGCUUCAGGGUUAAGCACCUCGUCAUGCUUCUAUCUUGGGAGAGAGUCAAGAGGACUCUGGAACGAUCCAAACAAGCACUGGUCGCAAGAGGCCAAGACCUUGAGGUUGAGCUUGAAACCAUUGCCAUCCUGGAAGAACAGAUUGAAAGGGUCAAUCAUCAAGUGCGUCAUCUCAGGCGUGCUUUUAACAUUGCAAAUGAGAUGUUGGGGGCAGCUAAUGAAUGCGUUGAGGGGCUAAAUAUGAACAGGUACCCCAUUCAGCCUCCUGAGUUGCCCGGCUUCGGUAACAACUAG